AUCAUCAAAUUCGAGCAUGCAAAUUUGAUUCAAAAAUUCAAAAUUAGAAUUCAAAAUGGCACCUCAAGAAAGAACUCCAUGCUGCGACCAAGAGGACGAUUCCCGCCAAAAUUCCAUAGACAACAAACUGUCAAACAUCGAUUUGGGCGGGGGUUUUGUGAACAAAGGUUACAUGAAUGACAGCUCCGAUGUUGCCAGCGAAAAAAAAGUUACCGAGAAUAGUAGAAAAGAGGAUAAAAAUGACAAACCGAAAAAAGCUACAGAUUUUGAUGAUUUAUUGCCUUACGUUGGAGAAUUCGGACUGUAUCAGAAGAUUUUGUUCCUGUUGAUGAUACCGUUUGCGUUUUUCGUUGCGUUUGUGUAUUUUUCGCAAAUCUUCAUGACGAUUGUUCCUGAGCAGCAUUGGUGCUGGGUGCCGGAGCUGGCGAACCUUACAGUGGAAGAAAGACGAGCCCUAGCCAUCCCCCCCAAGUCCGAAGGCCCGUAUGCGCACGACCGAUGCCGAAUGUACUCCGCUGAUUGGACUGCCGCCCUCGCAUCGGGCCGCACGACGCCCGACGAUGAGUGGCCGAUAGUGCCAUGUACUAACGGCUGGGAGUACAAUAGAAGCGAUGUACCGUACGAGACGAUUGCUUCCCAGCUGGACUGGGUGUGCGAGAAGGACAACCUCGCUGCGACUGCGCAGGCCAUCUUCUUCUGUGGAGCCAUUGUGGGUGGACUCGUGUUCGGAUGGAUCGCUGACAAAUAUGGAAGAAUUCCAGCUUUAAUGGGCACCAACCUCAUCGGCUUCGCAGCUGGAGUGGCCACAGCAUUCUGCGACAGCUUCUGGACCUUUUCUGUCUGCCGGUUUCUGGUCGGUCUCGCUUUCGACAACUGCUUCACCAUGAUGUACAUCCUUGUUCUCGAAUAUGUCGGCCCCAAAUGGCGAACGUUCGUCGCGAACAUGUCCAUCGCACUGUUCUUCACUCUGGCCGCGUCCUUGCUGCCGUGGAUCGCUCUGUGGGCGGACGACUGGCGAAUGUUCGCGCUCGGCACGAGCAUUCCCUUCGCGCUUGCUAUCGCUACUCCAUGGGUUGUUCCUGAAAGUGCCAGAUGGUUGGUGUCGCAGGGCAAGAUCGAUAAAGCCUUGACCAUCAUGAAGAAGUUUGAGAGAAUAAACAAAACUAAGAUCCCGGACAAAGUUCUUAGCGAAUUCACGGAGGCCUCCUUCAAAACAAUCAAGGACAGCGAAGCUGAAUGCCGUACCUACUCCGUCCUCGACCUCUUCAGGACGCCUCGUCUCCGCCGCAACGCUGUCCUCCUCAUCGUCAUUUGGAUGGCCAUAUCCUUGGUCUUCGAUGGCCACGUCAGAAACGUGGGGUCUCUUGGCCUGGACAUCUUCUUGACGUUUACAGUGGCGUCUGCUACGGAGUUGCCUGCUGAUACGUUCUUGACUGCUGUUUUGGAUAGGUGGGGCAGAAGAUGGCUUGCAUGUGGUUCCAUGGUCAUCAGUGGAAUCUUUAGUUUGCUUGCCACAGCAGUACCCGUAGGUGGACCUUCAGCAUCGCUGGCUAUCCUCGGGCGGUUCGCCGUCAACAUUUCUUACAACAUCGGCUUGCAAUAUGCUGCGGAACUGCUUCCCACAGUAGUCAGAGCUCAGGGAGUGGCUCUAAUUCAUAUUAUGGGCUACGUUGCUUCAAUUGUGGCACCGUUCGUUGUGUAUUUGGCUAACAUCUCCCAAGACCUGCCACUGCUGAUCCUGGGAGUCCUGGGAGUGAUUGGCGGUCUCCUCUGUCUGUUCCUGCCAGAAACCAUGGACACCGAGAUGCCUCAGACGCUGCAAGAUGGAGAGAACUUCGGGAAGGACCAGAAGUUUUGGGACUUCCCCUGUUUCCCUAGAAAAAAAUCAUCGGAAGAAGAUGAAGAAAAUCCCGGACAGUACAGGAAGCGAGAAUCUAUAUCGAGUAGCAAAGACGAAGGUUUCGUAAGAUCUCUCCCAGGCAUAGGCUCUAGAGCAUCCAUACGGGCCUCAGUCCGGGCUUCCGUCAGAUCACGAAAGACAGAAGGAGAACAGAGAGAGAACGCUGUAUGAAGAACUUUACUACUCUGACUGGUUUAAGUAUGACUAAUGGUCUUUUAAAUGUGUCACGGUAUAUUUGAAUUGUUUUGAUUUGAGUAUUUAAAGACUUGUGUGGUGUUGUGAUGCGUUUAUUUGGAUGAUGUGGUGAUCUAUUCAAUGUCGUUUGAUAGCCAUUUAGGUGGUAAAGUAAUGCACUCACUCCUUACAAUUUUAAAAGCAAUGUUGGUUCUGUAAUUGAAUUCUAAAAAAGUAUGGUAAUCUGUGCUUGUAUAGUUGACAUGAUUUUAUCUGAGCAUUGUUGACGUCCUAAGCAAGACAAUGCCAUAUUGUAAAAUAUUAAUUUAUCAAUGUACCUAAUAGUAACUUUCUUGUUUCUUUUUGUGGAAUAUAUUACACUAUCAUCUUUCUAAGGUUUCCUUGGUAAACACAAGAGAUUUGAAUAUAUUUUAAAAUUGUCAGUUUUUGUUAAGUUUAGGUAGUUUAAUGACAUGACUUAGUACAGUUUUUAUAAAUAAAAUUUUAAGGAGUGUGUGGUAAUUUGUAAAUUAUUUUGUGUAGAAUCGUUAUCUAAAUUGUGAGAAUUAGUACAACUAAUGUUCAUGCCCACCCAGUCAAUGAAUAAUGAAGAAGGCUGUGCUGUUGUGUUGGAUACUAUGUUUAAGUGUACUAUAGUCAGCGUCAUAUAGUUCGUGGCACCCAAAGUGGCCAAAAAGUUGACAACACACUUGACUUACUUGACUUAUGG